GAGAAAGCCUUCGACCCCAAAGACCAAAACCCCGUGUCUUUCUUCUUCGCCUUCGAUACCCAAACCCUAAGUCGUCUGUCGCCGCCAUGGCUGGAAGAGGGAAGGCGAUCGGCUCCGCAGCAGCGAAAAAGUCCAUGUCGAGGAGCAGCAAGGCCGGUCUCCAGUUCCCCGUCGGCAGGAUCGCCCGUUUCCUCAAGGCCGGCAAGUACGCCGAGCGCGUCGGUGCUGGCGCCCCCGUGUACCUCGCCGCUGUCCUCGAGUACCUCGCCGCCGAGGUCUUGGAGCUUGCUGGGAACGCAGCGAGGGACAACAAGAAGACCAGGAUUGUCCCCAGGCACAUUCAGCUUGCAGUGAGGAACGACGAGGAGCUCUCCAAGCUGUUGGGAGAGGUCACCAUUGCCAGCGGCGGAGUGAUGCCCAACAUCCACAACCUCCUUCUCCCCAAGAAAGCCGGAUCUGGCUCCUCCAAGGCGGCCCCUGGAGAUGACGACUGAAAGAUGAGAUCUUUUCUCUUCCCCUCUUGGCAGAUUAGUAUGGACUGUAAACUUUUUAGGUGCACGGUUGAUUUUUUCCCCCUCUCUCUUUAAGUUUCUAGCUUCACCUUGUCUCACUUGGGAUCUAAGUAAUGAGAAAGUGGGAUUAAUGCUAAUGUGUUGUAGUAUAUGUUGCUGAUAUCCUUGUCCUUGGCUUUGUUAUGCUCGCUACAGAAAUAGCUUGUAGGAAUGCUGGUAUAAUUUCUAGCUUCAGCUUUGUGUCACUUGGAAUUGCUAAGCUCAAGUAACGAGAGAGUGGGAUUAUUCUC